AACCAUUUACCGAUUCAACCGUGCCGCUGAAGUUAUCCUGUUUUCAUUGGACUAAACAAGUUGUAUAAUUUUACUGAUGAUACAUAAUUUUCAACAAGUAAUUCUGUGAUAAAACGAUAGCGUACGUUCAUAUUAUCGAAUUCACUAUUUGACUACAGAAUACCAGAAUCAAAGGAAAAUUAUUAUGCUAUAUUCAACGUUGGACUUCGAAGAUGUUUAAUCAAGCCGGGGCUCUCGGGGGAGGCGGUGCAACCGUAAAUCCUAUGAAAGAUUUUGAGGUAGUUUCACCACCCGAUGAUUCGGUGUCGAGUCUAGCAUUCAGUCCUGCGACAAUUCCGCAAAAUUUCUUAGUGGCUGGUUCAUGGGACUGCAAUGUUAGAUGUUGGGAGGUCGAACAGUCUGGUAAAACAGUACCUAAAUCUAUGCAGACAAUGGCGGGACCUGUUCUUGAUGUCUGUUGGAGUGAUGAUGGUACGAAGGUUUUUAUGGCUGCGUGUGACAAAAUGGCAAAGUGCUGGGACCUUGGUUCUAAUCAAUGUAUUCAAGUCGCAGCUCACGAUGCUCCGAUCAAGACUUGCCACUGGAUAAAAGGCUCCAAUUACAGUUGCCUUAUGACUGGUUCUUGGGACAAAACUCUCAAGUUUUGGGAUACUCGAAGUCCCAAGCCACUGAUGACCAUCAACCUGCCUGAGAGGUGUUAUUGUGCUGAUGUGGAUUAUCCCAUGGCUGUUGUUGGAACUGCUGGACGAGGUCUGAUCGUUUAUCAACUGGAGGGAACGCCUCAUGAAUAUAAGCGGAUCGAAUCACCGCUAAAGUAUCAACAUCGAUGCCUGGCAAUAUUUAGGGACAAGAAAAAAGUGCCAACUGGAUAUGCCCUUGGCAGUGUUGAAGGCCGUGUGGCUAUCCAAUACGUAAACCCUGCCAAUCCGAAGGACAAUUUUACUUUCAAAUGCCAUAGAUCUAAUGGCGCUUCUAGUGGGUUUCAAGAUAUCUAUGCGGUGAAUGAUAUAGCAUUCCAUCCAAUUCAUGGUACAUUGGCUACAGUGGGAAGUGAUGGAACUUUCAGUUUUUGGGAUAAAGAUGCACGGACCAAGUUGAAGCCUUCAGAACCAAUGGAACAAGCUAUCACACGGUGUUGCUUCAACCAUAAUGGUCAAAUCUUUGCCUAUGCUGUUUCUUACGAUUGGGCUAAGGGCCACGAGUUCUAUAAUCCGAUGAAGAAGAAUCACAUCUUCCUGAGAUCGUGCUACGAUGAACUUAAGCCAAGGAAUCCUUCCUGAUUAAGAUGAAGAAUCAAGUAACAUUAUACACAUUACUGUCUCCGACUUGCAGCAUAAUCACAUCUUUUAAAGAUGUUGCUGUUCCACAUGUAACAAAUAUUACCAAUACGUUUUAUAUGUAUACCAUUUACUAUUUAUUUUCAUACACCUUUAAUAUUAAUUUCAAUUGUCACUGCUGCAAAGACGAAGCUUUAAUAUGUUGUGAAUAAAUCACAUAAUCGUCAUGUACAUCCAUAUUUUUACACAUAGCCAGUAGGGUGAUCCUUAUUUAGGGUGUUGACGAAUUUUUGUCCGGGCCAAUCCCUAGAUCGACUCCAAAUAAAUUUAAAAUAAUCCCCCUAAUUGUAAGACUGCAACUUUCUAUAUCAACCCUCCUGCAGAGACCGUGAAUGUUGACUGAUAUAUUCCUCAGUCAAUGCUGUGAACUUCGCCGUUUGAAAUGCAAACAUUUUUACUGUACGUUUGGUAUUACUGUACAUUUUGUCACGGAAUUACUGUUUUGUAAAAGACUCUGUAAGUGUGAGAAAUGAACGGAUUUCAUGCUACUACUUGGUGAAAAAUAUGACUAUACGCUCUGUCCGCUGUGAGUCACGACCA